CAUAAAAGAUAAAAUAUUUUUUUUUUUUUUAAAAAGGAGUUCUAUAACAUGAAUAUCAUUUCAACGUUGAUUUUCUUCUCACUAUGUUGGCCCCUUGCAAAAUGCCAAAGUAAGUUUUUAUUCAGCUAUGUUUCUGCUUUUAAUUAUCCAGUUUUGCCUUUGACACUACCAUUUACUUUUUUUAAAAAACAACAUAUUAAUCAUCUUACUAUGUAUAUAUAUAUAUAUAUAUAUAUAUAUAUAUAUAUUAUAUAUAUAUAUAUAUAUAUAUAUAUAUAUAUAUAUAUAUAUAUAUAUAAUACUUUUUAAACGAAAUUCUUUUCAUACUUAUUUACAUUAAAAUCCCAAUUAUUUAACAGUGUAACUAUGGAUACAACAAGGUUACACCUUUAUUUUCAGUAAUCUAGGACCGACGCUUAAGCUUACUCGAGAGCGAUGUGUUCGAAAAAGAUAGAUCCGUCUCUAUUUCAUUGAAUAUUAGGACAUAUAUAAGGUGUUUUAAUUGAACAUGUAAUGUAUCUUGCAUCUGUUAUACUUAUCUUGCAUCUUCUACUGUUGUUAUUUUCUUGUUAUAGCUCACUGUUCAGAAUGGGGGUGGUUUGGACAAGGUUGUAAGUAUCGGUGCCACUGUGAAAAUAACAAUUGUAAUGACACAAGCGGCCAGUGUUUAAACAACGCCAAGUGUGCACGAGGAUGGUUUGGUUUGACUUGCCAGUACCGUGAGUAGCAAUUUGAUUCUUGUCACAUGUCAGUCUCAAGAAGAUUGAUAUUAAAUAACAUAAAUAAAUAAUUUAAAAAUUGUUUCAAUAAGGUUUUUAUAUAUUUAUAUCUAGUGUCAAAUGAGAGAGGGAAAAAAUAAAUGGAAGAAAUAAGCAUAACGUUUAAAGAAGAGACAAAUUUGAUGUAAGAACGAACACUAGAGAGAGUGAGACAGAGUAACAGUAAGAGAAAGAAAUUGAGACAAACAAACUAAAAGAGUACGUUACAUGAUGGGUCCCUCUUUGGGUCUAUUCAGUGAAGUAGGAAGACUAUUUAUUUAUAACUUUACUUAAUUUAAGAAAUGACCACCUUUUAAAAAGAAAAAUAUCAUAAAACUUGAAUAGAGAUUGUGUCUCAGUAGCUACAUGUUUGUGUGGUUUCCAAGUGCUUUCAACUAAAACACGUCAAUUUACCUACAGUAAAUUAUAUCUAAGUUAUGCUAGAAUAUGUUCACUUCAAAAAUUAUUAGAAGUUUACGGACACAAAUAAAAUAAAAAUAAUUAUAAACCUGUACACUUAUGAUCAUUAGUUUAAAAUUGAAAUAAUUAACUUACGAUUUAAAAAAUACAUAUUUUAAAUUUGGCUUUGUCCUUAGUUUUAUAUUCUCGCUGCAUGUGUACUUUUUGUUAUUUCAGAAGACUUGGCGACUAUUUUAAGUGCAACUGUGACAACUAAUCCGAGGCAAACUGAAGAUUGGUUGACCGACAGGAAUGAUGAUAAUUGCAACAGAUAUUCAAAACUUAAUUCUAUUGGAGUUGCUUGGAACAGUCCUCAGAGAUUCUCUUGGCUAAAAAUUGUUUUCAAACAUGCUACAAACUAUGGUAUUUAAAAAUAUGUCUCUGUAACUAAACGCAUUUCUACCAAUCUAACUAUCUGCCUAACUAACAAAUUAUCUAACCCCUUAUCUAACACUACCUACCUACUUACCCAAAUAUAGCUGUAAACUUUAAAGUAAUCAUAAUAGAAUUAAAAAUUUAAAGACAAUUAGAUUGCGGCCGCGGACAAAUAAAACAACUCAUGUUUGCUAAAAUUAGGUAUAAAACGUAAACAAAUUAUGAAAAAAUGUCAUAAAUGUAUCCUAAACGGAAUCCUGAAACCUUAAUCUAUCGAUAUCGGAACCAGGGUUUGACCCUUUCAGAACCAGGAUUUUGUCCCUAUGGGAACCAGAGCUUUGACCCUAUUAGAACCAGGGUUUUGACCCUAUCGGAAUCAGUAUUUUGACCCUAUUGGGACCAGGGUUUUGACCCUAUCGGAAUCAUGCUUUUGACCCUAUUGGAACAAGGGAUUUAACCCUAUUGGAACUAGGCUUUUGGCCCUAUCGGAACAAGGAUUUUCACCCUGAAAACUAGGAAAAUUAACAAAAACAAAAUGGCAAAAAAUAAUUAUAAAAUAAAGAAAUAUUUAAAACCCAACUAAGGGUUUCGUGGAAAUUACUUUUAAUCACUUUAUUUCAGGUUCCAACGAAAAUAAUAUAUCCAGAAAAUAAAUGUAACACCUUGCAGUCAGUUUCAAAGAUGGCGGAACACAUAAAAAUAUUAAAAUUAGCCAACCAAUGAAAAUUUAAAAUUAAUGUUAAUCAACCAAUAAAACUGUUCUAUCGUCAUAUUAAUGAAAAUGUAAUUUUAUUAACAAAAAAAUAAGUGGAGUGAAUCCAAAACAUCAACUUAAAAAAGCACGCAAAUGCCAUCGGGGUGCUAUCAUUCCAAACUUGCCCAUUUUCUUUCCGACCUCAGAUUAGAUGACGUUUCGAUUUAUAUUGUUUUUAUUCCUUAUAUUAGUAGUACAAAUGGUAAAAGCGUCAUGAUUUUGAGCCGAUGUUAGACCAUGUGGUAAGCUAUUAUUGGUGCACAAUAAGGAAUAUAUUUCCUGUGCGCUGAGCAUAAGAUACCUAUGCAACACGGAAGCAAGGGUGAGUUUUGAAAACAUAUACAGAACUUUGGGACCCUAACAACACACGCUAGGAAAGUCACGUUUUCUUAUACCUGUUAACUCUCUCUUUCUCUGUCUCUUUCAUAUCAUAUGACUAAAUGCCGCGAUGUUCAUUUCCAUACUCCUAUUUUUUUACUUGUUUUUGAUUUCGUGGAACCACCUUAUGUUAAAGAUUCCAUUCAGUUAACUGACCAUGAAAGUUUGACGUAUUUUCAAAUCUUUCUUCAUUGACAUCCAUCUUUCUGACGCUAUAUAAAAGAGAAAAAAAUAACUUUCUGAUUAUUGACCCUGUUUAUUUUUCUCAAAAAUUCCAAUUGUCUGCAUGUAAGGCAAGGGCCCAUCCUUCUUCUAAGUUCUUUCAAUAAUAUCUAUCUCACAUCAAUGACGUCAUAUUUUUCCCGUGCUUAGAUUACUAGCAGACGCUCGUUUCCUUUUGGGCUUGGCUUAUUUCUUUUGAUCUUUUUUUUUUUUUACUACACAACAAUCUAUCGCUUGUUCGUCUUGACUCAAAUGGGGUACAACAUUGUAGUAAAUUAUGAAAAUUUGGAGAAGAUUUGAGUCACGACUACAAUGUAUAAUCUACCCUCGAAUCUUCUUAGAAACAGUCGAUACCCAUAUAUAUAAAGCCGGGGAGUUUAAAGACGGAGGAGAGAGAUUGAUUGGUAGAUAUUUUUCACUUCACGAGACAAGUGUAUUAUUCUUUGAGUAAUCAUAUAUGUUUAUUCGCAUUCAUCAUUGUAUCUUAUUUUUGUGGCACAUUGUACUAACUGUGUACCGGUACAAGACGUCCCAUACUCUAUAAGUUGAUGAUUGUAAUUAUAUUUCUUUUGUUUUGGAACUAUAUUAAUGCUUAAAAAAAUCUAAUUAAUUGUAAUUCAUACUGUUUUGAGUGUCAUAUUUUUUCUAUCGUAUUUCUCUAUGGUAUUGUCCUUUGUUAGGCACUGUUUAAAACGAGCCAAGAACUUAAAAUAAGAGAUUAAUUUCUCUCUAUAGAAGGCAGUGCGUAACACUUACCUACAACGUCCUCGCUGUCAUAAAGCUAUUGUAGACAUCUUAAUCUUUGCCCGAUUUUAUUUAAUGAUUUUAUUUAUAUGUAAACUUCUAAAUCUUCUGUUAAUCUUAUAUUCUUAUUAUUUAUUUUCUUUCAUUAGACAUUUUCAUAAUGAAGGGACCUAGCAUUUCCUGUCAACUAAAUAUCUAUAUCAGCUAAUUUUGUCUGCUCUCUCUAUUUUGCUGUCAAAGGCUUCUAAACUGAAAACACAACUUUUUGUAAUGUUCUUCAGGUUUUCCUCUGCACUGAGUAUAGUUAUUAUUGUUUCCGACUGAACACAGUUGUCCAGCUUAACUCAUUACACGAGCACACUUUGUCCAAUGCUAAUUUACUUGACGUCGGAACAUUGUGAAAAGUAUCAUUCUUGAAUAAUCAUUCCUAAAACAGCAAUGCGCUGUUGUCUUCUUUUUUAGAAUUUUUUUUUAAAGGCCCCAGUUUUAGUGAAAGAAAUGUAUUAUGGGUAACACAUUAAAUAACUCAUGAAAUAGGACAAUUAAGAUAAAUUACAAAAAAUAAGCUGUUUAAAAUUAGUUAUUCAAAGAUAAAUGUGAAAAUUGAUAUCCCCUUUCAUUUGGAAGCUGCAAAACGUUUGGUUUAAUUCUUUACCUCUGUACCCAGAGCACAACUAUUCGCUGUCUCUAAAUAUUCACACCAAAAUCCGAAAUGUUUAUUUUGGCUUGACGAAUCCCAUUAAAGAUAAUGCUAUUUAAGGAGCCAGUUGAUAAAAUCAUUCAAAGUAUUUGAGAAAUACCUAGUUUCAAAGUUGUAAGAUUCCAGUCAGUCAGAAUUUUUUCCACAUUUUUAACUUCACUCUGUUUUAACCUCCGUCUACCGUAAUCAUUAUCACAGCUAGCCAUAAUCAGUAGCUCAGUCAGCCAUAAGUAGUAUCACAGUUAGCCAAAAGCUGUAUCUCAGUCAUUUAUAGGUUGGUGUUAGAGUUGCUCACCCAGUAUUUGCAGUAUCUCAGUCAGCCACAAGCGUAUGUCAGCAAGCCAUAAGCAUUAUCUCAGUCAGCCAUUAUCAGUAUCUCAGUCAGCCAUUAGCAUUAUAUCAGUGAGUCAUAAGGAGUAUCUCAGAGAGCCAUAAGCAGUAUCCAAGUCAGCAAUUAGCAAUAUCUUAGUUAGCCAUUAGCAGUAUCUCAGUCAGCCAUUAGAAGUAUCUCAGUCAGACAUUAGCAGUAUCUUAGUCACCAAUUAGCAGUAUCUCAGUCAGCCAUUAGCAGUAUUUCAGUCAGCCAUUAGAAGUAUCUUAGUCACCCAUUAGCAGUAUCUCAGUCAGCCAUUAGAAGUAUCUUAGUCACCCAUUAGCAGUAUCUCAGUCAGCCAUUAACAGUAUCUUAGUCACCCAUUAGCAGUAUCUCAGUAAGUCAUUAGCAGUAUCUCAGUAAGCCAUUAGCAGUAUCUCAGUAAGCCAUUAGCUGUAUCGCAGUAAGCCAUUAACAGUAUCUCAGUAAGCCAUUAGCAGUAUCUUAGUAAGCCAUUAGCAGUAUCUCAGUCAGCCAUUAGCAGUAUCACAGUCAGCCAUUAGCUGUAUCGCAGUCAGCCAUUAGCAGUAUCUCAGUAAGCCAUUAGCAGUAUCUUAGUAAGCCAUUAGCAGUAUCUCAGUCAGCCAUUAGCAGUAUCUCAGUAAGCCAUUAGCAGUAUCUCAGUCAGCCAUUAGCAGUAUCACAGUCAGCCAUUAGCUGUAUCGCAGUCAGCCAUUAGCAGUAUAUCAGUCAGCCAUUAGCAGUAUCUCAGUAAGCCAUUAACUGUAUCGCAGUCAGCCGUAAACAAUAUCACUUCAAACGUUUUUCUCUGUUUUAUUUUUUUAAACGGUAAUGUAAUGAUCAUAAAAGAUGUAACAUUCAAUAGACACCUUUUAAUCUACAUUAAAAUUACAUAGCGAGGCACAUAUGUAAAAUUGUUUACUUGACUUAUCAUAUGCAUACUCUUUAAUGCAAACAAUAUUAGAUUCAUCUUGGUAUUUUGGCAAUAAUUUUUAAUCGUGCAAACAUUUAUUAACAAUUAUCUUGUGGAAAUCGAAAUUCGCCUAUUUAAGUGGUCAAUUCACCACAUUUAUAGAUUGGUGUUAGGGUUUUUAACCAAGUAUCUAGACACAUGAGAGUGAGCAUUUCCAAUCCUCUCACCCCCCUCCCCCGUGUUUCUAAUGUCCUAAAAUAAUGACUUUAUCCAUUGCCAGUGUUAAGCACUAGCUUCUGUUGUGAGAAAUUAAUCUCUUGUUUUAAGUUAUGGCUCGUUCACACAGUGCACAACAAAGGACGAUACUAUAAAAAAAAUACAAUAAAAAAGUUACGAUUGGCAAAAACAGUUGCCAAUUACAAUUAAUAAGAUUUAAUUUAGUAAAAAUACAAUUACAAAACAAAAGAAAUAUAAUUACAAAUCAUCAACUUACAGAGUAUCGGAAAAUCUUGUACCGGUACACAAUUAGAACAAUGUGCAAUUAAUAAUGACGAAUGAUGAAUGCAAAUAAACACAUAUAAGUACACAAAGAAUAAUACACGUCUCGUGAAGUUAAAAUAUCUAUCCGAAUCUCCGUCCCUCUGUGUGCCUUUCAAUCCCUUACAUAUGUAGAUCUACCGACACGUCUAGAAACGCCUUUACUUUAUAAAACAAUCGAUAACCUUCGACAAGAUAACAGUUGACCUACUAACCAUGUUUAAUUGGAAGCCGGUAGUAAACAAGAUACAUCAAAGAGAUUUAACCACGCCCACAACAAACGUCACCGUUUGCAAUAGUCUAAUGCAGGGGUCAAAGAAAGUUCAAGCUUGGGAAGAGUGUUGUAAACAAGCUUACAUAAAACUAGCUUUGCCCAAAACAUUUGGUAAAUUUUGAUAAAUUAUAUGUACAUUUUUUUCUACAAUUUUAAUUGAUAAAAUGAUAGUAUAGUAGUUAUACGUAACUAUCAAUAAACGUAGUAUAUUUUUUUAUACAGUCAAUACGAUAACUGAUGUGAGUUUGAAAGAGCUGAUACAUUAAAAUACCAGCUUAACACCGCGUAUGAUGAAAGACAUGUAUGAUAAUAAAAUGUAUUUAAAUUUAAUGAUUCACUUUAGACUCAAACGUAAAUUAUUCCAGCAAUAUUUAAUUGUAUGACAUAAUAGACUAAAAACCCGAUGUUAUCGGGAUAAUAAUGGUAGAUCCUUUGCGAUAAUUUCUAACUGCUCAUUUUGCAAAGACUCAUCAAAAUUCAUAACUUUAAAAAUGUAAUGAUAAUUACGUUUCUAACAUCAUUAAGUUUUUUAAAGUAUUCAUCUUUUAUAUAUUAUAGGCAUACCCUACUCCUUUUCACGCUCCUAAACUACUUUUUUCACGCGCUAAAUAUGACCUUAAAUUACACAAUAUAAAUUAUCACUAAUUGUCGAGUAUGAGCGUUCAUUAGGAAUUGUUGCGACUCAAUAUUAUGUUCAUUAGUUGUUGAACGCUUUUCCCGCGCUUGACUAUUAUAGUUAGUGAACGCUCUUCCCGCCAUUGUCUUUAUGACGUAUUUUUAUGCUGAGUCGUGACGUAUUGUCUAUGCAGUGUUGUGACGUAUGUUUUAGUCGUGCGGCAGUCUUGAGUGGAACCUUGGAGUGAUAGGAUGUUUAUUAUAUUUACUUAGAUAUUAAAGUUAUAGUUAUUAUGAAAAGGAGUUGAGUUUGUUAAUUGAUAGUGAGAAUAGUACGACGCUUCAACGUAUGAAAGAACUGACGAAUGUAAUCAAUCCAAGAAGACGUGUAGGAGUUGACACUAAUUAUAUCACUUUUGUCAUUAAAGCUGUUAAUUGGUGGACAAUUACUACUUUAAAGAAAUACUUUAGAUUUACCCCUUUUCGUGCACUUGAAUUAAAAAAAAAUUUUAAUGUAAAAAUUGUUUAAAAAACUUACCUUAAAUUUACACCAAAAACUCUGUAUAUGACAUAAAAUAUUUUAUAUUAUAGGAAUUCGAUAUAUAUUGAUAUCUUCAGAAAAAAAUUUAAACACAUUUUUUUGCCGUUUAAAAAAAAAUUAAAUAUCACAAAAUCGUAAAACAAAGAAUUCUUUUAUCUAAAGAAAAAUCGCGCAAAUGUUUUUCAAGUCUAGAUCAGAUUCGAGUGUUGUUGUUGUUUUUUUUUAAUUUAAAUGUUUAAUCUCAUAAAAUACACAUAUCUUUAAUUUUUGCAAAGAAAAACAAAACUAUAUAUUACGUUUUUGAAAGUAAAUAUUCACCCAUCUCUUUUCUUCAAAAUUAAUUUUUCAAAUGCGUAAAAUGAUUGGGUUUUGAUAUUAAUAGGUACACAUAUAUAAAUGUACACAAUAUUUGUUAACGCCAUUGGUUUUCUUGAUUGGUAAACAUAUGUAUAUUUGCAAAAAUAGAAUGUAACAUUUCUUUUUCACAUAUCUAAUAUCAUAGGAGUUAACUAUGUUGUCAACCACGUAAAAAUGACACAUCUUAUUUCCUAUCUCCGACAUGUAUUUAUCCAAGAAAAUUAAUUAUUUAUCGAAAUCAUUCCUUUAUUUUGAGACGUAUGGUGUGCUUCCUUGCGCAAAAUGAACAUACACAUAAUUGUUAAAAGAGAAUGUAACAUCUCUUUUUUCCAAAAUGUAAUACCAUAGGAUUUAAAUAUAUUGUCAUCCGCAUAAAAAUGUACACAUCUUAUUUCCUACCUCCGAAAUUUAUCUACCCAAGAAGGUUAAUUAUUUAUCGAAUUCGUUUCUUUAUUUUGAGACGUAUCUUGUGCUGCCUGGGAUAAAGUAACCAACACCUCCCCACCCAGAUUAAAAUGACUUUAAAAAAAAUUCUUCCACCGGAUUGUAGUGCCUUCCAUACCCAAACUAAAAUAAUGUGCAGCUCAUAUGUUUCGUUCUUUUUUAUUUUAGUUAUAAGUGGAUUAGUCAAUGCUUUUUUGGGUAUGGAGUUGCACUGCACUGUUUGACUUAAACCGCAUUUUCUUAUUAGAAUGAUAUUUAAAGGCUAUUUUUUAUUACUUUAUAAUUUUAAUAAAGGUAUAUCUUUUAAAUGAAAAAGGCAACUUUUUUAAAAUGUUAAAAUAUACACAGCUGAAAUGUGUGUGUAGUUUAUUAACAAUUUAAAAAGCAAUCAAUUGUAUUUAUUAAUUUUACAUUUAAGAAGGAAAAAUAUAUUAUCAGGUUUGUCACGCAUUGUUAUCAAAUUUUAAAGAAACUUAAGAGUUUUGGACAAAAAGGCUAUUCGCACUAUGACGUCAUUUGCGGGAUUAUUCAGAACAAAUUAAUUUAAAAUUUUAACAACGCACUAAAAGACGCACUAAAAAACGACCGGUAUUUGGGUUCGCCCGAUAAAUGUGAUUGCGGUGAAAUUCUUUGAUCAUCAUUUUUUAUUAAACAAAAUUUUUUUCAGAACUUUUAAACACAUUUAAAAUGCUUAAAAUAUUUCCUUAAUUGAUACUUUAAAUGUAUUUUUAAUUUUAAAAAAUAAUAAUUAAACGUUUACUAAAAUAAAAAUGGAUUUAAAAUAUUUUUUGCACAUUUACAUUUUUUCGUUUUGCGUAAAAUAAUAAAAAAAAAUUACUAUGAUUAUUUUUUAGGAAUCCAAACGUUCUUAAAUCAUAUCUCACUCUAGGCGUUAUGUCACCCUAGCUCAUUCUUACAUAUAUGCUACGGUUAAUUUGAAUAAUAGGACAUUUUUCAUAAUGCCCGGGUAAUUUAAAAAGUGCCAAAUAGGAUGUGUCAAUAUGAACAAUUAUAAAGAAACUAUUACAUUGCCCGGGCAUUAUGAAUAAUGAUGGAAAUCGAGUGGGCAAUUUGAGAAAAAUUUUAUUCAUAUUUCUCAACAUACAAAAAUAAGAGUAUAUUACAUAUUCAAACACAUUUUUAAAUGACUAACAAACAAAUAAAGAUACAAACUAGUGGUGAUAAAAUAAUGAAUAAAAAUGCAAACGCCUAAAUAAAAAAAAUUAUUAGAUAUGUACUUACAAAUACAUAUACAUACAUCAUGUCAAAUCCUAGAGUUUCUAUUUAUUAGAGCAACUUCCACUUUGGUGACAUUUCGAGUUACAUAGCAUUUUUCUUUUCUUUACGGUACUUGCACUUGUCAGAUUUACAGCCACAUUUACAUCGACUAUAGCGUUGGCCCCCAGUCUUGGAUGACAUUCUUUAACAUUCUCUUAGUGAGAUCUCGACUGAGGAAUUUCUUCAGCAUAGAUAAUUUUUUCCUUCCAUAUUGUAAAUUGGUUCCUAGCAUAAAGUUGAUUUAAGAUUCCAUGUUUCAUGCCUAAUUUAUAAAUAUUGGAUCUGUUAUUUCAAGACCAAAAGCCUAAAUAUUUCAUCCAUCGGUUCGACCUCUGUCGACAUCUGGGACUUGAGCUGACCCCUUAUAGCGGCAGGGUAUUUUGAAUUAGAGGAUUGAAGCAUUUUUUUUCAGCUUGUUUAUUUAGAUUGCUUGCUGAAAUCUCCCUAAAUCUUUAAUAUGUCGGAUUUUCUUUUUUUUCACUUUGGGAUCAACUGAGAAAUCUUCAUAACCUUCAUACCUGCGUUUUCCAUGACCGGAGACUUGAAUGUCAGAUUGCUCGGAGACAUUAAUUUCUCUUCGUUGUUAUGGAAAUCAGAACUUUGUUCAGAUAACGAAGUUAAAGGUUGAACAAAACUGUUAUGUUGACUUGGACCAAGCUCCACUAAAGAAUUUGACCCUGGUUCAUUUUGCAGUGCAUCUUCUUCUACAGAAUGUAAAUUGUUUUUAUCUUUUACUAUUACUUCUAAGUCCUCUUCACAAUUUAUAUUAGGCAGGACGUCUUUAGGUAGAACAAUUUUUCUGCUGUUAUUGUCUUAGAGCAACCAACAAAGCAUAUUUUCCACUUCCUGAUUUUCACGUUCUACGGAACACUAAUGUUGAGACUUUCUGGGCUUCCCAUGUACCAUCUUUAACUCAGGCCACAUGCUACAUAGUUCGUUAAUAGUAUUGUUAGCGAAUUCUCUCCGAUUAUCACUUUGCAAAAUUGUAGGCGCACCUAAAAUGGUUAAAAGAUCUAAAGCAUAUAUGCUACUUCUUCUGUUCUUUUGAUUUUAAGAGGUUGAAGUUGAAUGAAUUUAAUGAAAUGGUCUUGGUAUACAAUUAAUUAAAGUGACAAGUGAAAUAAUAGUAGUAUUUAUAAUGACCGGGCAAUGUAAUAAAUUAUCCUAGAUUGUCGUAGACAAAUACAAAAUUAUUAAAUUGUCCGAUUUUAUCGGUCAUUAUUCAUAAUGACCAAACAUUAUGAAUAAUGCCCAAUAAUUCACAUUGCCUGUAACAUAUAUACUUUCUGGAUAUUUCCUAUUGAAAAAAAUGUGCUAUAUGCAAUCACAUUCGGUGACUGAGCGAGCAUCCCUUACGCCUGUAAGAAAAGUAAUCAGAAUAGCACCGAUUCGAGGGAUAUUACCAAAGUCGUUUCGACGUCUUCCAAACUUGUUGUAAAUAUACGAAUUGAAAAGAGUUUUACAUUUUUAGUUGAUCAAUUUAAUUUUUUUUAAAAUUUAAAUGAGCAAAGUUAACAGAUUGAAUAGUGACAUGACAUUUUAGGCUAUUUUCAACAUGAAAAAAAAGGAUUUGGGGAUCGCAAUAUACAAGUGAAUUGCUUUAUACGCAGUAGUAUGUGGUACAAAAAAAGACGUUUAAGAGCUCAAUGAAAAAAUUACGGGACUUAAUAGGAUAGCAGCAGAUACCAGCUCAUUAAAUUGUACACUUAACAUAGCCUAUUUCAGGUUGAUACAUUCGGGCGAGCUAUUUAAUUUGUUUACGUAAAAGUCGACUAUAUGUGUAACCGGUAAGCCCAGUGGAAGUUUUAAUAAGCCCUUAUUCAAAACGGUGCGCAUUCAAACAUCUAUCCAAUGAACAGUUGUGGGUGUUCGUUUGAUUGUUGGAGGUAUUUAAGAAAAAAGCUUUCGUUCAACAAAAGAUUGGCUGAAUAAUGUAAUUAUAUUCUUUAACUAUACGGAAAUACAUGUUUUACAGUUUUAAGAGACUACAGUUACUACUAAAUAAAUUAGAAAAUGCGUAUGUUUGUUACGCAUCCAUUUCUACAUGGAUUUAAGGAUGUUAAUUUAGAAUGGGAUACUUAGUUUUUUCCCUUCAUUAGUCACAAAAAAUUGUUAACGGCGUUUGAUUUUGUUUUCUUUAUUUAUCGCGUUCACUGUCGGGGGCCCAAACUUUCUUUUAUAUGCUAUUUAAAAAUAUCAAUUUAAGGGAUAUAUUUAAACUCAUUUGGUACAGAUGCACUUAAAUAUACAUCAUUAAAAAAAUUUAGGGAUACUAAUUUUAUUUUCCAGAAAUACGUAGUAGCUCUUACAUUUUUCAAUCAGAAACCCUUUAAAUUUUUAACGUGACUAUUUAAAUUAUGAAUUAUGUCCUGGUCAUCAUCUUAGUGAUAAUUAAAACGUCACUUGCAAGCACGAGUACACCCCAGGGCCCUUAUUUUAACUUUAACGGAAUACGUCUAGUGUUAAGGCAUUUUUGUAUUAAAUUGUGUUGAAAUAAUGAGUACAUAUAUGAGUUAUUUUUACACGCUAUUCUGCGUUGCACAAAGAUAUUAAGGUUGAGGGGAUUAAGGAUCUGACAUUUAUGGUGGUUUCUGUGAGUGUGAGGUAAAAGAGAUUAAAGAGUUAGAAGAAUUUUCAUUUAAAUAAAAAAAUUAAUUGAAGAAUUACAUUGUUAGUGUUACAGGCUUUGGCAUAGUUUUCUUAGUAUUACUGGUUUUGAGUAUUUUGUUAUAAUUUUUUUUUUCAUUGUAAGGGCCAAAUUUUAAAACAAAUUACAUUUUCAAAAUCCUAUAACUGAGCAUAACUAUCUCAACAGGAAUUCUCCUGAUGUUUAAAUCCAUAACGCAGACCAAAAAUUAUCUUUAAAAACAAAAAAAUGAAAUCGGAAAACACGAAUUUUUGGAGCGAUUUAGGUUGUUAACAUCAAUUAUUAUCGUUUAACAUACGUCAACACAUCAUAGACAAUAUAAUCUUUUUAACAUUGAAUGUGAGGAUAAUUUAAUUUAAGUGCUGUUUCACAUAUUUAGCUUUUUUUUUAACAUUCUACUUUUAAACCAUAGCCUCGAUGAAUGAUAUAUCCUUAACUUUCACGACGAGUGGAGGAUAUGACAUCCAGUGUCAAAACAAGCAAUCCUCAUUUGUUGACACUAACGCAAUGGUCACACGGUGUCAUCAGAGGGAGGAAGUUACAGGACUAAAGAUUACAGGAGCCGGUGUCAGUUCAAUGUGCUCUCUUUAUAUUAGCGGAGGUGAGAAAUGUUGACACGCUAAGAGGAUAUUGAAUAAAAUUGAGCCUUGUGUAAUUUUAAGUCUAUUUUUAAAUACUUUAUAUUAACUUCAAUUUUGUUCGUGUUUUUGUUGAGAGCAAAAUCUCCGGAUGGCUAAUUGACCCCUAUUCCCGUCAUCCUAUAAACAAGCGUCUCGUGGCUAAUAACAACACAUUCUUUUAAAUUUUCAGCCCAACACUCAAAAGUCAGUUUUACCGCUACCAGACUCCAAUAUCACGAAAUAAAAUUCCCAAUAACUUUGCUAAAUGUGAUUCUAAAAAAUAUCGCAGGUGCGUUUGAUGGGAAAAAUUUAUAUUAUUUCACAGAAAUAGUUGGUGUAAUAAAUCAGGGGUGUAAAAGUGGGAAGGGAAUUAAAAAAAAAAUAUGUGUUUGCGAGCAAUAUGGGGGGGGGGGGGGGGAGGGCCCGGAUUGGGAUUCUCGAAAAGGGCUUUACUUGUUUGCAUUUUUUAGUUUACAUUUAUUGUUCUAUAAACACUGUUCUUUUUUGACUGAUCAAUACCAGUUGCUCGAUAUAACAUUUUAUUCGGCAUUUGAAAAAAAAGUUGUUUACAGUUUUUUUUAAAUUAACCUGGUUCUUCCGAAAUGUAUAUCAUUUUACUUCGCUUUCAAUGAUAUAUUAAAUAAUGAUUUUUGUUGUUGCUUUUUUUCCUUACCGAACUGACGACUAAAAUAAUUAAAUUUAAUUAAAAACAUAAAUGAGAAUUGGACUUUUGAUUAAAAUAUUUAUUUUUAUUUGUUCCUUAAAAUAUAUUUGUGUGUAUAUUUUCCACUUACAUUAUCGUCUUUUGAAAACAGAGGGGAAAAGAUGCAAAAUUAAAUAAUGUUAAUCAAUAUUGAUAAUAAGUUUUAAGAUAUAUAGAAAAAAGUUAUUGAAUUUCAUUAAAUUUAUUUUUUAUUUAAUUAAUAAUGGUUAUGGUUUAUCUAUUUCUGUUAAACACUUGUGUUCCCAAUUUGAACACCAUUGUAUAUUUUUAUGAAUUACGAAACAGAUUAAAGGAAUGAAAUUCCCUAUACUAAUUUUUUGGGGACAUCUUAAUACUUGUUUUUCAGGUAGAAAUGUAGCUUUAAGACAGCAAACUAAUCAAACAUCUACUUAUGGAAAGGCGACAUCUUUUAAAGCAGUAGAUGGUAACACAAAUAACGAUUUCCACGGUGGCAGCUGCUCACAUACCGCUGUAAAUUCGAACAUCAUUCCAAGAUGGACAUUGAACUUCGAUUAUCCAGUGAUUGUCAACAGAAUACUUAUAUAUAACAGAUGGGGCAUGUAUUUGUCUAGCCAUUUAAAAUUAUCUUAAUUUUUUUUUUUUUAAAUUCUAUCUUGAAAAGUAUUACAUUAUGAUGUCCAUGUUAAAUGAUGCAAACUUUAUAUUCAUCCGUUUCUCAGUAAUACAGUGACAUGGGGGUAAAAUUUAUUUUACAUGUGUUUACGCAUUACAUUGCAACGCAAUUCCUUUUCCAUAAAUACAACAUACGAAUAACAAUAGAAUUGCAAUCUUAAAAGACGCACAUAUGUCUAAUUUUAUAAAUAAUUUAAGCUAUUUUUAAUGUUCAAGUGAAAAUUUAAAUACAUAUCUCGUUAAGGUUACUAGUUUUGGUUGUCGAUUAUAAUUUUUGUUUUUUAAUAUAUAAUUUCCAUCCAUUUUCCUCCAAAAAAUAACAAGUGACGCGUUUUUAAUGUUCUUAAUUUGGGGCAUUCUUACCUUUCUGAAUUUCAGAUAGCUGCUGUAGAGAUCGUUUAAAGAAUUUUAAUUUAAAAACAUUCGACGAGAGAUAUCAAAGUGUUGACGACAUCAACAAUGAUAACUCAGAACUGGAGGUG